AUUAUAUAAAACUGCUUUAAAUUUGCCCAGAAUUAGCAUAUUUUUGUGUUAAUCCUAACGUAAAGAAAUGUGGUUUUCGUUACUUUUCGUUGGAUAUUUUCUGUUCCCCAAUUAUGUUUUGUCUGGAGCGAAUACUCUUGUUGGUGGUUGGUCGAAAAUAUCCGAAGCAGAUUUCAUGGAAUACGAACAACAGUAUUCUCUAAUGAAUGAAAUUGGGACAAAUCUGCUUGCAUCCCCUCUUGUUAAUGGAGUACGAACAAGUGGGUUAAGAACGGACGUGCCAUUCUGCUUUGCAUCUCAGGUUGUUCAAGGAAUACAACUCAAAGUCUUUUUUCAAGCACACACAGAUUCCCAACCAAACAACAAAAUAACAUGUGCAAGUGUGGUAUGGAUUGUGAGCUGGUAUAAACCACCAGUACAAAGCAUUCAUACAACUUGUGGAAAUGCACAGUCUGCAGAAGCCGAACAUUUAUGCCCAAAGUCCCGACCUAAGAGAGAUUUAUUGAAUGAGUUUGAUAAACACACAACUAAUAUGGUGAGACCAACCACAGAUGGUGAUGUUAAGAUAUUGUUUGAUAUGUUCCUGGAAAAAUACCCACGCACGUACAGUUCAAGCUCUGACGAAUACAAUGAAAGAUUUGAAAUCUUCAAGACAAAUUAUCAAGUAGUUCAACAUCUCAACGAAAUUGAACGAGGAACAGCUGUUUAUGGGAUUACUAAGUUUAUGGAUAUGUCUGAGGAAGAAUAUCACCGAACAUUGGCUCCUGGUUUCACUCGACCCCUCGUGCCAAUCCAAACACUCAACAGUGCCGAGUUAGACACAACCAACAUUCCAGAUUCAAUGGAUUGGAGAAAACAUGGAGCUGUAACUGAAGUUAAGAACCAGGGCUCCUGUGGAUCAUGCUGGGCCUUCUCAACCACCGGUAAUGUUGAAGGUCAAUGGUUCCUGAAGCAUAAGAAGCUUAUAUCGUUGUCCGAACAAGAACUUGUUGAUUGCGACACUUUAGAUUCUGGCUGUGGUGGAGGGUUGCCUUCGAAUGCUUACAAAAGCAUUGAAAAACUUGGGGGUUUGGAACCGGAGAAAGAUUACCCCUAUGUUGGUGAGGGUGAGAAGUGCGCAAUCAAACAAUCAGAUUUUAAAGUUUUCGUCAACAAUUCUGUUGCGCUGCCCAAAGAUGAGGUGAAACUUGCUGCUUGGUUGGCUCAAAACGGACCGAUUUCCAUCGGGAUAAACGCAAAUUUAAUGCAGUUUUACUGGGGUGGGAUUUCCCAUCCGUGGAAAAUCUUCUGCAACCCAAAAAGUCUUGAUCAUGGCGUGCUUAUUGUGGGGUACGGCACAGAAAACGGAACUCCAUUCUGGAUUAUUAAAAACAGCUGGGGACCCGACUGGGGCGAAGAGGGUUACUACCGCAUAUACAGAGGCGACGGAUCUUGUGGUUUAAACAACAUGGCUACUUCAAGCAUAGUUGACUAAAUGUUGCAAACGCUCUUAAAAUGUUCCAUGUAUUGUUCUCUUUAUCGCACUUGCUGUAUAUUGUUAUUGUCAGGUCUUUUACAUCAAGAACUUUUUGAAUAAAAUCUAGGUUUUAAAAUUUGCAUAAAAUGGUAUUAAAAGCUUCCCUUUACAAAUAAAACACAAAACAUCGAUCAUAAAUAAUACAUGAAACAGCCCAAUUAUAUGUCCACGGUAAGACUGUCCUCAUUUACUUUAAGGAAGCUUAUAACAUUUUCGGCGCCAUGGCAUCGUGAUUAGGGCGCCUGCCUGUAACCCAGAGGUAAUGGAUUCAAGGCUCGACGCUGCUUCCAUUGUGGGCGUAUGUGUCUUGGGGCAAGACCACUUAACGGCAAUUACUCCAACCCAUUGGUCACUAAUGAGUUGUCUAAAUUAUCAGCCAUUAUACAUUUUUUAAAAUAACACUUUCAUGGGUUUUUAGCUUUGUAUAUUUCAUGAUAUGUGAUCUCCGUAAUACCAACGUACAUUCUUUUAAAAAAUAAAUUGCCAUCUAGUUUUAAUUAUUAAACCAAAGAAAAUUUAUGUAAAGUUUUAAUUAGCAUGUUUAAAAUUCAGAAUUAAAAGUUGUUUUCUUGUAUCUAGUAUAAAUGUGUCAUGUAAAAAAAGGCUUAUAUAAUGUUGGAUAUAUAAUGUUGGAAACCAGUUUUAUUUUUUAAAAGAAUUUCAGCCUCAAUACAUAAUCAGUGUCUUAUUACAUUUUUUCACAUUUUAUGGAGUUUUGAAAUAAAUGAAUAAAAUGUCACUUAUGUAUGUACAUAGCAGCUUAUGUUGGUGGCACUCUGUGAAAAUUAAAGUUAGCUGCAAAA